GUGGUUUUGGUGGGCUCCUCCAUGAACGAGCGGGACCAGAUGCUGUUCAUCAGCACGGACGAGGGCUCUUCCUUCCAGCGGCAGUCCGUCGCCUUCACGCCCGACACACUCCUGUUCCACCCCAGGGAGGAAGACAAGCUCUUGGCGUACUGCAAGGACGGCAGGCUGUUGGCUUCAACAGAUCUGGGACGCAAGUGGACGUUGCUUCAGGAAAGGGUCACCAAGGGCCGGAUUUUCUGGUCUGUGUCCGGCGUGGACGGGGAUCCGGAUCUGGUCCACAUGGAAAUGCGAGACACAAGUGGAGGAUUCCUGUAUGUUACCUGUCUCAUCCAGAACUGCUCAGACAAGAUGGUGACGGCCCAGUUCCUGGGUAAAAUCGAUCACAACUCGCUGCUGGUGCAGGACGACUACAUAUUCGUUAAGGUCACCACAGGGAAUCGCACCAAGCACUACGUGUCCUACCAACGCAACGAGUUUGUCCAGAUGAGGUUUCCAAAGUACGCCCUGCCAAAGGACGUUCAGGUGGUGAGUACCGACGAGAACCAGGUCUUCCUCGCUCUGCAGGAGUGGUACCAGACCGACACGUACAACCUGUACCAGUCCGACCCCCACGGGGUCUACUACUCCAUCGUCCUGGAAAACGUGCGCAGCACCAAACAGCCGGAGGAGAACGUCCUCAUCGACAUCCUGGAGGUGCGCGGAGUCAAAGGGGUCUUUCUGGCCAAUCAGAAGAUCGAUGGAAAAGUGACGACGCUUAUCACCUAUAACAAAGGGCGCAGCUGGGACCCUCUGACCCCACCCGCCACCGACAUGAACGGCAAACCAGUCAGCUGCAAAGCGCCGGAUUGCCACCUCCACCUCCACCUGCGCUGGGCCGACAACCCCUAUGUGUCCGGGACCGUCCACACCAAAGACUCGGCUCCAGGCCUCAUCAUGGGUGCCGGUAACCUUGGAUCCAAGCUGGUUGAAUACAAGGAAGAGAUGUACAUCACUUCAGACUGCGGGAAGACGUGGAGACAGGUUUUCGAAGAGGAACAUCACAUUCUGUAUCUGGACCACGGAGGAGUCAUUGUCGCCAUAAAGGACACCUCUAUUCCCCUCAAGAUACUCAAGUUCAGUAUUGAUGAAGGCCGGACGUGGAAUGUUCACAACUUCACCAGCACCUCUGUCUUCGUGGACGGCCUCCUUAGCGAGCCGGGAGACGAGACCCUGGUCAUGACCGUGUUCGGCCACAUCAGCUACAGGUCAGACUGGGAGCUCGUUAAGGUGGACUUUAGGCAGUCUUUCCCUCGACAGUGUACCGAGUCUGAUUACGAGUCUUGGCAGCUCACAGAUCUCCAGGGAGACAAGUGCAUCAUGGGCCGGGAGAGGACAUUCAGGAAGAGGAAGGAAACCUCAUUCUGUAUCAAAGGGAAGAGCUACGCCUCCGCUAUCACCAGCAAGCCCUGCCAGUGCACGGAGAAAGACUUCAACUGCGACUACGGCUUCGAGCGCUCACGAGUGGAAGGAGACCGCUGCUUCGCCGACUUCUGGUACGACCCGGAUUCGCCGCCCGAGGACUGCCAUCUCGGACAAAACUACGAGUCCAGCACUGGAUACAGGAAGGUGAUAUCUAACGCGUGUGAAGGGGGGCUCAACAAGCAGCAGAGCUCCAAACAGCACAGCUGUCCGCUGCUAGCCCCCAAAGGCCUGCAGGUGGGCAUAAAGGGGCAAAUGCUGGCCGUGGCUCCGGGUGACGACAUCACGUUCAUGGUCCAUCAGGAGCAGGGCGACACCAGCAGCACCAAGUACCAGGUGGACCUGGGCGACGGGGUCCGAGCCAUCUACCAGAACCUGACGGUGACCGACGAGCCCAUCCAGCACCGCUACGAGAAGCCCGGCGUUUACCGGGUCACCGUGAGGGCAGAGAACGUGGCCGGACACGACAAGGCCACCAUGUACAUCCAGGUCACAGCCCCUCUACAGGAAGUGCAUCUGGAGGUGGUCCCCAUCGCGGGGAGAAACCAGGAGGUCAACCUGACCGCCGUCGUCCUUCCCGCCGAGGCCAACCUGACCGUCUUCUACUGGUGGAUCGGAGACAGCUUACAGCCCAUGCUGACUCUGAAGAACAGUCUUUUGACCCGUUUCUCAGAGGCCGGAGACGUUUCCGUCACCGUCCAGGCGUCCAACGGCCGCACAAUGGUGCAGGACACCAGGACAGUCAGAGUCUACGAUGACUUCCAGGUCAUCCCUCUGAGCUUCAGCAGAAACCUGGACAGCUACAACCCAAACAUUCCAGUGUGGAGGGAGGACAUUGGCCAAGUGGUCACCAAACUCCUGGCAAAGCGUAUUCCAGCCAUCAUGCAGGCUUUUAGUGACAAGAACGUCAGCUUCAUGGUCAGAGGAGGUCUCAGAGUGUUGGUGAUGCUGGCCGACCCAAACGCAGGAAACCGGGGAGCAGCUGGAAGUCCGGGUAUUUGGGCCCUAGCGGUCCUAUUCGUAAUUAGCAUCAUUGCCACUGGUUCCUUCAUCCUUUACAAGUUCAAAAGGACUGAGGAGGCCUAUCCGCCGCUGUUUUUCAGGAAGCUCCCGGGCAGCCGCAACGUCUACGCCCAGAUGCACAACGAGAAGGAGCAGGAGAUGACCAGCCCCGUCAACCACAGCGAGGACACGCAGCACAUCAUCCAGGGCGAGGAGUUCAUCGACGACGACCUGGACUCGCAGACCCUAGGUAACCCCGGAGGUAGCCCCGCCUUCCGCUCCCUUAUAAGGACUACCACUAACCACUGCUACUAA